AUGGCGUCGGAGAGCUCUAGGUCGUCUCGGAGCAGAGGGUCUGGGCAGAAGAGGGGGGUUCUUUGUGGGCAUGGAGAGAGACCAGUGUUGCGAGUCUCGGGAACCAAAGAAAACCCAGGUCGCCGCUUCUGGGGCUGCGUCUACUAUGAGGUUAAUGAAGAAUGUCAGUUUUUUCGCUGGGCAGACCCAGAAGCUGGAAGCGAAGAUCCGCAUGUUACAAGGUUGAAGAGAAAAGUUGUAGCCCUCAAGGCAGACGUGAAGGCAUCUGAGUGGAAGCUGAAGGUUGCUGCAAUGUUAUGCUUGGUUGGCUGGGUUGGUUGUUUAUGUUGCUGGCUGCAGGGAUUGUUGAACCAGAACCUGGGUUUACCAUGUUUGGUGCCUCUGAAGCUUGGUUGA